AUAAAACCACCUUCAAUGAACUCCCUCACCCGCUUAUCCAAGACCUUCAACCACCCCGGGCAGACCCCUAUAUCCAAAAACCCAUUUCCCACUAUCGAAAUGAAGCACAGGUUCAUUCUGGAAGGCUACAGUCCUAUUAAUUAUGGUGAGAAGCAGACUGUCGCAGAGACGUUGGGACAGGUGGUACGGGUGCUUGAAGAUGUGAAGAGUGAGAAGCAGAGGAAGUAUGAGCAGAUGGAAAUACCGAAGAUUAAGGUCUCCAAGCCCGUUCAGGGUAAGAGGAAGCGGAGAAGGCUUGAUAUGGGAAGAAUUUUAGGAAAACCCAGUGAUAGGAUUAGUUUGGGAAAUAAAAGGAUAUCUAGUUCGACAAUGGCUCCAGAUAUGAUUAAUAGACUCAUGAGUCAGAGAAAUUCUAUCAGAAAGAAUAAUGCUCAGGUCAAGCACUCUCAAGACAAAGAACUGAAUCAUAUUUAACAAAUUGAGCCAAACUGGUACCUGGAAAGACUUAUUCUUCGGCUUUAAAUCUCCCUCAAUCUCCUCAAGAAACUGAAGUCUAAAGUCAAAAAGUCAAGCAACUCUCCGUGCAAAAUUAUACCAAAAAUAAGUCGAAGCCGCUACCUCCAGAGUAUUUAGUGCAUCAAAAGCGGUUGGAUUUCUUAAAAUCCAUUAAAUCAAAUCUCAAGAAGCUCAAAAAGAGCUCUCCGCUGUCCAGAAUGGUCUCUAAGAUUCAAGAUGACCAGUUAAAAUCUUCUAAGAGCGAAAAGCGGAUCCUAAAGCAGCCAUUCAGCCCUAAAGCUACUGAGCAAACUCAAGACCUGCUUUUGAAGAGCGCACGAACCUUUGUUGGCAUUAAGAAUGACAAGAAGGUCGAAGGCGUUUAUGAACGCUAUUUUGGGAAAAUUAGGAAAUUGUCACGCCACUCUGUUGAAUUGGAGAAGACGAGUGAGGAUAGAGUAAGGAGCUCUGGGUUAGACCAAAAUGGAAAUGGAAAAGCAAGCCAGGAAGGAGCUAACAGUGAGAUAUUCAAGUUAUUCAAAAUUACACCCAGAAUCCAAUGUGAAGAUAAGAAGAAGAGUUUCAAGAGCGAGAAAAAAUUGCUAUUGAAGGGGCGGGAAUUUGUAUUGCAAAAAGUUCCAAAGGCUCCGAAAAGAGUUUCUCAAACUUCUGCAAAUUUUCUCCAAAUUCCUUUAAUUAAAAGGGAAUCCAACGCACUUGUUCCUAUCAAGGAUGAAGAGCAUGAAGAAACUAUAGUUUCCAUUAAGAUGCAAGCUUCUCCCAGGGUAAGAAUCAAAACAACAGUAGCAAAGCCAAUAGUGACAAAGAAGAAACCGCUUCAAGUGAAAAAGGUGCCUCUUAGCUUAUACAAUUCAAAGAGAAUGCAAAAGCCUGAGUUUCCAAAGUCUUUCGACUGGAGAAAUAUUGCUAAAACUAAUCGUAUUUGGGAUUCUUAUCAUUCAUCCUCUGCACCGGAUGAGUCAAGUAGAGACUCUAGCAGCUAAUACACUAAAGAUAAGUCUUAAAGUGUGCUGGCAAAAGUCAGAGUUCUUCUAAAGUAAUGCAACAGACAAGGUAGCUUUCCUUACCAAAACCAGGGCUUAGUAAA